AUCAUCUUCCACUGUGAAUUCUCGGCUGAGCGGGGGCCCAAAAUGUGCAAGUUCCUGCGGGAGAGAGAUCGGUCCUGCCACGAGUACCCCCAGCUGCACUACCCCGAGCUCUACGUCUUGAAGGGGGGAUACCGUGAGUUCUUCUUCCAGUUCUCGAGCCACUGCGAGCCCCAGAGCUAUCGGCCCAUGGAGCACCCGGCCUUCAAGGAGCAGCUGCGUAAGUUCCGCAGGCAGAUCCGACGCGCUCGGCGGUCGCUCCUCAUCCACAAGCGGCACCUGUGAGCGAUCGGGGGUCCCGCAGCCCCGCCGGGGGAACGCUGGAGCUGGCAUUGUAUUUAGUAUUAGGUAUUUAGUGUUAAGAUUAGGUUUACGUUUGCUUAUUGUUAUGACUUUGUUUUUUUCUAUUAUUGUAAAUAUUUUUGUUUGCUUAUCAUUAUAAUUAUUUUUAUUGUUUAUUUUCAUAAUUUAUUUUGUGUUUAUUGUUAUGAAUAUUUUUGUGUUUGUUGUUAGGAUCAUUUCUUCCAGUCUCCGUUA